AUGGCGAUCAACAUGGACGAGGAUCCCGAUGAGUGGGACGUGCGAAUAAUCAACACAGGUUGUGCAGCUGAAAAUGAAGCGUUACAAUUGUGCCAUGCUGAUACUGGCGAUUGGCGCAAAUGCCUGCCGCUGAUGAAAGCCUUCCGAGAAUGUUGGGCUCGCUAUAACAAUGACGAACGCACAUCUACCGUUCAGGCUCCCCAAACAUCCGGGAAUGAAGUCAAUUUAACCAAAUGA